AUGGCCUCGGCUGGUAACGCCGCCGAGCCUCAGGACCGCGGCGGCGGCGGCGGCGGCGGGGCCCUGGGCCGGCCGGCCGGCGGCGGGAGGCGUAGACGGAUCGGGGGGCUGCGCCGCGCCGCCGCGCCGGACCGGGACUAUCUGCACCGGCCCAGCUACUGCGACGCCGCCUUCGCUCUGGAGCAGAUUUCCAAGGGGAAGGCUACUGGCCGGAAAGCGCCGCUGUGGCUGAGAGCGAAGUUUCAAAGACUCUUAUUUAGACUGGGUUGUUACAUUCAAAAAAACUGCGGCAAGUUCUUGGUGGUGGGCCUCCUCAUUUUCGGGGCCUUCGCGGUGGGAUUAAAGGCAGCUAACCUCGAGACCAACGUGGAGGAGCUCUGGGUGGAAGUUGGUGGACGAGUGAGUCGUGAAUUAAAUUAUACUCGCCAGAAGAUUGGGGAAGAGGCUAUGUUCAAUCCUCAACUCAUGAUCCAGACCCCGAAAGAAGAAGGUGCUGAUGUCCUGACCACAGAAGCACUCCUUCAACACCUGGACUCGGCGCUCCAGGCCAGCCGAGUCCACGUCUACAUGUACAACAGGCAGUGGAAAUUGGAACAUUUGUGUUACAAAUCAGGAGAACUUAUCACAGAGACAGGUUACAUGGAUCAGAUAAUAGAAUACCUUUACCCGUGUUUAAUUAUUACGCCUCUGGAUUGCUUCUGGGAAGGUGCUAAGCUCCAGUCCGGGACGGCUUACCUCCUGGGGAAACCUCCUUUGCGGUGGACAAAUUUUGACCCUUUGGAAUUCCUGGAAGAGUUAAAGAAAAUCAACUAUCAAGUGGACAGCUGGGAGGAGAUGCUGAACAAGGCUGACGUCGGCCGUGGGUAUAUGGAUCGACCCUGCCUCAAUCCAGCAGACCCAGACUGCCCGGCCACAGCCCCCAACAAAAACUCAACCAAACCGCUCGAUAUGGCCCUUGUUUUGAAUGGUGGGUGUCAUGGAUUAUCCCGCAAGUAUAUGCACUGGCAGGAGGAGUUGAUUGUGGGUGGUACAAUCCGAAACAGCAGUGGAAAGCUUGUCAGCGCCCACGCCCUGCAAACCAUGUUCCAGCUAAUGACGCCCAAGCAAAUGUACGAGCACUUCAAGGGCUACGAAUACGUCUCUCACAUCAACUGGAACGAGGACAAGGCGGCAGCCAUCCUGGAGGCCUGGCAGAGGACGUAUGUGGAGGUGGUCCAUCAGAGCGUUUCCGCCAACUCCACGCAGAAGGUGCUGUCUUUUACCACCACCACACUGGACGACAUCCUCAAGUCGUUUUCCGACGUCAGUGUCAUCCGCGUGGCCAGCGGCUACCUGCUCAUGCUUGCCUACGCCUGUUUAACCAUGCUACGCUGGGACUGCUCCAAAUCCCAGGGGGCCGUGGGGCUGGCUGGCGUCCUGUUGGUGGCCCUAUCCGUGGCUGCAGGUUUGGGCCUGUGCUCCUUGAUUGGGAUCUCCUUUAAUGCUGCAACAACUCAGGUCUUGCCGUUCCUCGCCCUCGGAGUCGGCGUGGACGACGUCUUCCUUCUGGCCCACGCGUUCAGUGAGACGGGGCAGAACAAAAGAAUCCCGUUUGAGGACCGGACCGGGGAGUGCCUCAAGCGCACGGGCGCCAGCGUGGCGCUCACGUCCAUCAGCAAUGUCACCGCCUUCUUCAUGGCCGCACUAAUCCCGAUUCCUGCUCUGCGAGCCUUCUCACUCCAGGCUGCAGUGGUGGUGGUGUUCAAUUUCGCCAUGGUCCUGCUCAUCUUCCCGGCAAUCCUCAGCAUGGAUCUGUAUCGCCGGGAAGACAGGAGAUUGGACAUUUUCUGCUGUUUCACAAGCCCCUGUGUCAGCAGAGUGAUUCAGGUGGAGCCGCAGGCCUACUCCGAGGCCCACGACAGCACGCGCUACAGCCCCCCGCCACCCUACAGCAGCCACAGCUUCGCCCACGAAACGCAGAUCACCAUGCAGUCCACCGUCCAGCUCCGCACCGAGUACGACCCCCACACGCACGUGUACUACACCACGGCCGAGCCGCGCUCCGAGAUUUCCGUGCAGCCCGUCACCGUGACCCAGGACACCCUGAGCUGCCAGAGCCCGGAGAGCACCAGCUCCACGAGGGACCUGCUCUCCCAGUUCUCCGACUCCAGCCUCCACUGCCUCGAGCCCCCCUGCACCAAGUGGACGCUCUCGUCUUUCGCGGAAAAGCACUACGCGCCCUUCCUCCUGAAGCCCAAAGCCAAGGUCGUGGUGAUCUUCCUUUUCCUGGGCCUGCUGGGGGUCAGCCUGUAUGGGACCACGCGAGUGAGGGACGGGCUGGACCUCACGGACAUCGUCCCUCGGGAGACCAGAGAGUACGACUUCAUCGCCGCGCAGUUCAAAUACUUCUCUUUCUACAACAUGUACGUGGUCACGCAGAAGGCCGACUACCCGAACAUCCAGCACUUGCUUUACGACCUGCACAAGAGCUUCAGUAACGUGAAGUACAUCAUGCUGGAGGAGAACAAGCAGCUCCCCAAAAUGUGGCUGCAUUACUUCAGGGACUGGCUGCAGGGGCUCCAGGAUGCGUUCGACAGUGACUGGGAAACAGGCAGAAUCAUGCCGAACAAUUACAAAAACGGAUCGGACGACGGGGUUCUGGCCUACAAGCUCCUGGUGCAGACCGGCAGCCGCGAGAAACCCAUCGACAUCAGUCAGUUGACGAAACAGCGGCUGGUGGAUGCCGAUGGUAUCAUCAACCCCAGCGCUUUCUACAUCUACCUGACGGCCUGGGUCAGCAACGACCCCGUGGCCUACGCCGCCUCCCAGGCCAACAUCCGGCCGCACCGGCCCGAGUGGGUGCACGACAAAGCUGACUACAUGCCAGAAACCAGGCUGAGAAUCCCCGCCGCAGAACCGAUCGAGUACGCCCAGUUCCCUUUCUACCUCAACGGCUUGCGAGACACCUCCGACUUUGUGGAAGCGAUCGAGAAAGUGCGAGCCAUUUGCAACAACUACACGAGCCUGGGCCUGUCCAGCUACCCCAACGGCUACCCCUUCCUCUUCUGGGAGCAGUACAUCGGGCUGCGCCACUGGCUGCUGCUGUCCAUCAGCGUGGUGUUGGCCUGCACGUUCCUCGUGUGCGCCGUCUUCCUCCUGAACCCCUGGACAGCCGGGAUCAUUGUGAUGGUCCUGGCCUUGAUGACCGUCGAGCUCUUUGGCAUGAUGGGACUCAUCGGCAUCAAGCUGAGCGCCGUGCCCGUGGUCAUCCUGAUCGCGUCUGUCGGCAUAGGAGUGGAAUUCACCGUUCACGUUGCUUUGGCCUUCCUGACCGCCAUCGGGGACAAGAACCGCCGGGCCGUGCUGGCCCUGGAGCACAUGUUCGCGCCGGUCCUGGACGGCGCCGUGUCCACUCUGCUGGGGGUGCUGAUGCUGGCGGGGUCGGAGUUUGAUUUCAUUGUCAGGUAUUUCUUUGCUGUUCUGGCCAUCCUGACGAUCCUGGGCGUUCUCAACGGACUGGUCUUGCUGCCAGUCCUCUUGUCUUUCUUUGGACCCUAUCCUGAGGUGUCUCCCGCCAAUGGUCUUCACCGACUGCCCACCCCUUCCCCUGAGCCACCCCCUGGAGUAGUCCGGUUUGCCGUGCCCCCCAGCCACACCAACAACUCCGACUCCUCCGACUCGGAAUACAGCUCCCAGACCACCGUGUCGGGUCUCAGCGAGGAGCUUCGGCACUACGAGGCUGAGCGGGGUGCUGGGGGCCCUGCCCACCAGGUGAUCGUGGAAGCCACGGAAAACCCGGUCUUCGCCCGCUCCACAGUGGUCCAUCCCGAAGCGCGACAUCACCCGCCAUUCAACCCUCGACAGCAGCCCCACCUGGACUCAGGGCCCCUGUCCCCCGGCCGGCAGAGCCAGCAGCCCCGCAGGGAUGCCCCCAGAGAGGGCUUGCGGCCACCCCCCUACAGACCGCGCAGAGACGCUUUUGAAGUUUCUACUGAAGGGCACGCUGGCCCCAGCCACAGGGACCGCUUGGGCCCCCGCGGGGCGCGCCCUCACCACCCCGGGAACACGGCGAGUGCUGCGGGGGCCGGCAGCGUGCCGGGCUACCGCCAGCCCAUCACCACUGUGACGGCGUCUGCUUCCGUGACUGUGGCCGUGCACCCCCCACCCGUGCCGGAGCCCGGAGCGGGGCGGAACCCCCGAGGGGGCCUCUGCCCUGGCUACGAGGGCUACCCAGAGACUGACCACGGGCUGUUCGAGGAUCCCCACGUGCCUUUCCACGUCCGUUGCGAGAGGAGGGACUCCAAGGUGGAGGUCAUAGAGCUACAGGACGUGGAGUGUGAGGAGCAGCCCCGGGGAGGCAGCUCCAACUGAGGGUCGUUAAAAUCUGAAGCAAAGAGGCCAAAGAUUGGAAGCCCCGCCCCCACCUCUUUCCAGAACUGCCUGGAGCCGCGGGAAGGAGAAGCCGCGAGGGCCAGACAGCAGUUCACUGUUACUGUAACCGAUUGUAUUAUGUUGUGAAAUAUUUCUAUAAAUAUUUAAGAGGUGUACACAUGUAAUAUAGGACAGAGCGUGUAAAGUGGCGCCAUCUGGGGUUUCUCCCUUCCUGCCCCUGGGGCGGGGGCGGGG